GGAGACUUAACAAUGGCGUCACCAUUAAUCUCUUCUGUUUUUCUUCCUCUAAUCAGCUUCUUCACACUUGCUUCCGUGGCUGUGGCUAGAUCUGCACCAGUUCCACAAGAAAUUUUGGCUCAGCAAGAAGCAGAUCGAGUUAUCAGACUUCCUGGGCAGCCAUUAGUGAAUUUCAAACAAUAUGCUGGGUAUGUUACAGUAAAUGAGAGCCAUGGAAGAGCAUUGUUCUAUUGGUUCUUUGAAGCAACUCAUAAGCCUGAGAAGAAACCUCUCCUUUUGUGGCUUAAUGGAGGUCCAGGAUGUUCUUCUAUUGGCUAUGGAGCAGCAGAAGAACUUGGGCCAUUCUUGAUGCAAAAAGGAACCCCAGAGCUUAGAUUCAACAACAACACAUGGAACAAAGCUGCCAACUUAUUAUUCUUGGAAUCUCCUGUUGGGGUUGGAUUUUCUUAUACAAAUACAAGCAAGGAUAUAGAUGAACUUGGAGAUACAAUCACUGCAAAGGAUUCCUAUACUUUUCUUGUCAACUGGUUGCGGAGGUUCCCUCAAUACAAAUCUCAUGAUUUUUAUAUUUCUGGUGAAAGCUAUGCAGGGCACUAUGUUCCCCAGCUUGCUGAAGUGAUCUUUGAUGCCAAUAAAAUUGUCUCAAAGGAGGAUCACAUAAAUCUCAAGGGUUUCAUUAUUGGAAAUGCAUUGUUGGAUGAUGAUACAGAUCAGACUGGAAUGAUUGAAUAUGCUUGGGAUCAUGCUGUGAUUUCUGAUGGUGUUUAUAACGAUGUUAAGCAACACUGCAACUUCAGUGUUGAAGGAUCAACAAAGGAAUGCGAUAAGGCCCUUGAUGAAUACUUCUCUGUUUAUUAUAUUAUUGACAUGUAUAGCUUAUACACUUCUACAUGUGUGGAGGACACAAACAAAACCACCAGAACACAACGGACCAUCAUCCAAGGCGUUGCUCCGAAAUUAUUCUCCAAAUUUGAUUGGUGGUGGCAUAGGAGACCAGCUGGCUAUGAUCCAUGCGUGUCUGACUACUCUGAGGUUUACUUCAAUCGACAAGAUGUCCAAGAAGCUCUCCAUGCUAAUGUUACCAAAAAUAUUCCAUAUCCAUGGACUCAUUGCAGUGACACUAUUGGCUUUUGGAAGGAUGCACCUUCUUCCAUGCUCCCUAUCAUCAGAAAACUUAUAGAUGGAGGCCUUCGUAUAUGGAUUUUCAGUGGAGAUACUGAUGGUAGAAUUCCUGUAACGGCAACGAGAUACACACUGAGAAAGCUUGGCUUGAAGAUCAAACAGGAUUGGACUCCAUGGUAUACAUACCAUCAACAGGUUGGUGGCUGGACUAUUACCUAUGAUGGGCUGACAUUUGUCACCGUAAGAGCCGCUGGUCAUCAGGUUCCUACCUUUGUACCCAAGAAAGCACUUCAGCUGGUUAGGCACUAUCUGGCCAAUGAGAAGCUUCCAUCCAAGCCGUUCUAGUAUAUACUUAAUA